CCAACUUUCAGAUCCGUUGCUUAGAUCAUCAAAGAUUUAUUUACUUUAACAUAAGACAGACAAAACAGUCUUUUAAAAGGUCGAUUUCAAGCUGUUUGUGAUAAUGAACCGGUUUGAUUACCCUUUUGUAUCAUAAAGGUUACAUUAACCAGACCAACCAGAAUGUGUCAAACCAAAACCGGUGAUAACUAAAUGACCGGACAAAUGAUUGUAUUCCUAAAAAAGUUUAGGUUCGAUGAUUACAUUUAUUUUAAGACUAGUUCGUUUAUUUAACAUUUUAACUACUAGUUUUCACAAAAAAAUAACAUUAUUUAAUGGGAAACUAAUUUAAUUCUUGUUUUAGACAAACUGAUUCCAACACGAUUUGAACUUAUGACAUUCCCUUCUCUCUUUCAUUAUGUCUGGCAAUGCUGUUUCAAUGGCGACUUCAUUUUCUAUUCAUUAACGCCACACAAAACAUCUUCGGACAAAACAUCCUUCCUCGCGUAGGAUCCAGAAACCGAAACCAUGGGUCUCUGUUUCUCCUCCGCCAAAGUCUCCGGCCGCCAACACCGCAGCCCCCGGAGUCCCAACCCACCACAUCAUCCCCUCACCGUCGCUAAACCCAAACCGCCGCAAACGCCAUGUUCAUUCCUAGCCGUUACGAUCCAAAAAGACCACAAGGCCCAACCGCGACGUAACGCCGCAACAACGACGAAUAAGAAAACGCCGCCGCAGACGCAAACCCGACAGACGCCAACGCACGGGAAGGCGAGAGAGAAGGCGAAGAGACACGGAGAAAAGAUCCCGUACGGUAAGCGCGUGGAUUUCGGGUACGCUAAAGAUUUCGAUAACCGUUACACCAUCGGGAAGUUGCUCGGACAUGGCCAGUUCGGUUAUACAUACGUGGCUACCGAUAAAAAGACAGGAGAUCGUGUCGCUGUGAAGAAAAUCGAUAAAGCCAAGAUGACACUGCCGAUAGCUGUGGAAGAUGUUAGGAGAGAGGUGAAGAUACUUCAAGCUUUAACUGGUCAUGAAAACGUGGUUCGGUUUUACAAUGCCUUCGAGGACAAGAACUCUGUUUAUAUAGCCAUGGAGUUAUGCGAGGGUGGUGAAUUGCUGGAUCGGAUAUUAGCCAAGAAAGAUAGUCAUUAUACCGAGAGAGACGCGGCCGUGGUAGUGAGACAGAUGCUAAAAGUUGCAGCUGAAUGUCAUUUACGUGGUUUGGUUCAUAGAGAUAUGAAACCAGAGAAUUUUCUGUUCAAAUCAACUGAAGAAGAUUCGGCUCUAAAAGCUACAGAUUUCGGUUUAUCAGACUUCAUAAAACCAGGCAAGAAGUUUCAUGAUAUAGUAGGGAGCGCGUAUUACGUAGCGCCUGAAGUAUUGAAACGAAGGUCAGGACCCGAAUCAGAUGUGUGGAGUAUUGGUGUUAUCAGUUACAUUCUUCUCUGUGGGAGACGACCUUUCUGGGAUAAGACUGAAGAUGGUAUCUUCAAAGAGGUAUUGAAGAACAAACCUGACUUCAGAAGAAAACCAUGGCCAACCAUUAGCAACAGCGCCAAAGAUUUCGUUAAGAAGUUGUUAGUAAAAGACCCAAGAGCUAGAUUAACAGCUGCGCAGGCACUAUCACAUCCAUGGGUUAGAGAAGGAGGAGAUGCAACUGAGAUUCCCAUAGACAUAUCUGUUCUUAGCAAUAUGCGUCAGUUUGUUAAAUUUAGCCGCCUCAAGCAAUUCGCAUUAAGAGCUCUUGCAACGACGCUUGAUGAAGAGGAGUUGGCUGAUCUUAGAGACCAGUUUGGUGCGAUGGAUGCUGAUAAGAAUGGAGCCAUUAGCCUUGACGAGAUGCGGCAGGCUCUUGCGAAAGAUCAUCCUUGGAAGCUUAAAGAUGCACGAGUCGCUGAGAUUCUUCAAGCGAUUGAUAGCAACACAGAUGGAUUUGUGGAUUUCGAAGAGUUUGUUGCUGCUGCGUUACACGUAAACCAACUAGAGGAGCAUGAUUCUGAGAAAUGGCAACAGAGAUCAAGAGCAGCAUUUGAGAAAUUCGAUAUAGACGGAGAUGGAUUUAUAACAGCAGAAGAACUUCGAAUGCAUACUGGCUUGAAAGGGUCCAUUGAGCCACUACUUGAAGAAGCAGACAUUGAUCAUGAUGGUAAAAUCAGUCUCCAUGAGUUUCGUAGACUUUUGAAAACUGCGAGUAUCAAAUCAAGAAAUGUUAGAAACCCUCCUGGUUAUCUUAUUUCUCGGAAAACCUGAAAGAAGUUUUCAGUAUUGGAGAGGAUAUACAAAAUCAAGAUCAAGAAAGUUCUUGAAUCUUUUUAUCUCUUGUGCAGAAACAAGAUGGGGAUUGCAUGUUUUCAUGUGUUGUUGUCACAUAUUUUCAUAAAUUUUAUAACCACUAACAAAAAGAAUGGAUAAUCAUAUAACCAAUGAGCGCAAAGUAAAGGUGAAAUUAUUUUUGUGUGAAUAAACACCUUAUGAAUUAUGAUCUACUAGAGUGUGAAAAUACAAGCUUGUGUAUCAGUCUAUAUCGCAUCACCCAUGUUAAAGCUGAAGUACACAUGCAUAGUUAGAGUUGAAAUACAAAUGCAUUUGAAACGCGUAGAAUUUGGUUUUCGAUUGACUUAUCCUAUUUUCUAAACAAACAUGUGUAUACAAGGAUGAAUGUGGCAAAAAAAACUCUAAACCUUGGCCUUUUAGGAUUAGGAAAACAUUAUUAUCACAAUAGCAAAAUAUUUACUUAUUCCAUACUAGUAGAUAUGCUCUCAGUAUUCUCAUUCAAGUUAGAUCAUGAAAAUUUUAUAUUUGGGUAAUAACUUAUGAAAUGGAGCAUGUCCAAGUUUUUACUCAAGCUGUCCGCAAUUUGUAAAUCUGUACGAAUGUGUUGAGUAACAACAAGCCCAUUUACACAUGUCCUAGUCCAACUGGAAAGGAUCAUUGACCAUUGUAUCAGAGGUUCGCAGUUCGAAUGACCGUUGGGACGCAAGAUAUUGUUGUUACGGUCUAAAAUCAGGUCAAAUGUCGUGAGGAGAAGCCAAUAUGAUCAAAAUCUUUAUUGGACUCAGAUGGUCCGAUCAUUUUAAGGUAUCACCGGUUUUGGUUUGAUACAUUAUGGUCGGUC